GAGGUUGAGUGACAAUGGCCGCAGCGCUAUUGACUAAUAAUAAAUUUAAUAAAAUAUUAAAAAAUCAUGUUAAAUUUGGAAAAAUAUUUUCGAAUAAAAAAUCAGUGAUUCUCAAUAAGCCUUAUUUUAACAUAACUUUUAAACAAUGUGCUGUUACGAGCCAUUUCAGGUGUUACUCUUCUUCCCCACCAAGCAACCCUGGUGGUCCAGAUUCCGCGAAAAAUGUUUUAGCGGCAGUUUUGGCUAAUAAACCGAAGACUGGAAAAAUUCCAGUUGGGAUCCAAAAGAGAGACUGCUUUCAUCCAGGCGCUUCUGUUUUGGAUCGAGAAGAUAUUAGCCUGGGUGGUGCGAAGCCGGUUACUGGGACGGACAUGGUUAGGGGCAUGCUGGCUUAUGUCUGGCCUAAGGACAAUGAAAUGAUAAGAAAAAGAGUCAUGCUGUCCCUUUCACUCCUGUUUGGUGCUAAAGUGAUGAAUGUAACAGUUCCAUUUUUGUUCAAAUAUGCCGUGGAUGAAGUAAAUCUGUUGACGACAACACCAACCGGUGAUGCUUUAUUAGGGAUGGCAACUGUACCUCAGGCUUUGGGUACCACUGCCUUUAGCUUAUUGGUGGGCUAUGGCAUAGCCCGAGCUACAGCUGCAGGAUUCAAUGAAUUGAGGAAUGCCGUGUUCGCGAAAGUCGCUCAACAUUCGAUCAGGAAGUUAGCUUGCAAUGUAUUCACACAUCUACACAACUUGGAUCUCAGUUUUCACUUAGGCAGGCAGACUGGUGCUUUAUCGAAGACUAUAGACCGAGGUUCUAGAGCCAUAAACUUCGUGUUAUCAGCUAUGGUGUUCAAUAUCGUGCCUACUAUAUUUGAACUGACUUUGGUGUCCAUGAUCCUGGGUCUCAAGGGAGGACUCGCUUUCGCAGGCGUGGCGGUGAGCUGCGUGGGCGUGUACGCGGCGUUCACGCUGGGCGUGACGCAAUGGCGCACGCAGUUCCGCGUGCACAUGAACCGCGCCGAGAACGAGGCGGGGAACAAGGCCGUCGACUCGCUCAUCAACUACGAGACCGUCAAGUAUUUCAAUAACGAAGCCUACGAACUGAAGAAGUACGACGAGAGUUUGCAAAAGUACGAGGAAGCGUCUUUGAAAACGGCGUCAAGUUUGGCCCUACUGAACUUCGGCCAGCACGCCAUAUUCAGCACGGGACUCAGCUUUAUAAUGAUAAUGGCGGCCAAUAAAAUCGCUCAAGGCGGCAUGUCGGUGGGCGACCUGGUGAUGGUGAACGCGCUGGUGUUCCAGCUGUCGGUGCCGCUGGGCUUCCUGGGCUCCGUGUACCGCGAGGUGCGGCAGGCGCUGCAGGACAUGCACACCAUGUUCACGCUCAUGACGCUCACCUCCUCCGUCGCGGAAAAAGAAAGAGCACCGAAGCUUAACGUGGACACGAAAACUGCGUCCAUUGAGUUCAAAGACGUUAGCUUCAAAUAUAUAAAUGGGAAGCCGAUUUUGAACAAUCUGACCUUCAGUAUACCGGCCGGUAAGAAGAUUGGGAUCGUCGGGGGAUCGGGAAGUGGCAAAUCGACGAUGGUGCGACUCCUGUUCAGAUUCUUCGAGCCUCAAUCCGGAUAUAUCAAGAUAGGGGGACAAGACAUCAAAGAUGUAGACCUCGCUAGCUUGCGAAAGGCCAUCGCUAUUGUACCGCAAGACUGUGUUCUAUUCCACGACACCAUUCUCCACAACCUGCACUACGGCGACCUCUCCAAGAGCGAGGAGGAGGUGUUCAGGGCGAGCAAAAUGGCCGAAUUGCACGAAUCUGUCGUUACUUGGCCGAAGGGCUACGCGACGCAGGUGGGCGAGCGCGGGCUGAAGCUGUCGGGCGGCGAGAAGCAGCGCGUGGCCAUCGCGCGCGCCAUCCUCAAGGACGCGCCCGUCGUCGUGUUCGACGAGGCCACCUCCAGCCUCGACUCGCUCACCGAGCACGCAAUUCUCCAAGCCCUAAAAGCGGCCACGGUCGGCAGAACGUCGAUAUGUAUCGCCCACCGGUUGUCGACCGUUGCAGACGCUGACGAAAUAUUUGUUCUAGAAAAUGGUUCAAUAUCAGAGAGAGGAAAACACGCUGACCUAAUAAGCAAUAAAUCUUCAUUGUAUUAUAGAUUGUGGGAGAAACAGAAUAGAGACGCUGUACCGAAAGUGUGAAAACGUUUAAAAAAUAUUUUGAGCAAAUGUUUAGUCCAAUAUUUGAUGACAAUGUUUGAUCCAAUCAUUCCUGAAUAUUGAUGGAAAUCAAUUGUAGUGUUUUUUGUUUGCUUAAACUCGGGUUUAUAAAUGUAAUCGUUACAAUAACUUUCAAUAUUUAUAUCUCAGUGUAAAAUGACCCUUACACUCUUUAGCUUAAAGAUUAAACACCUAUUUAUUUUAUAAUUCCACACUGAAUGAUAGAUAAUGAAUAACUAUAAAAUAUAUAUAGUACUCUCUGUUUUAUUUCGCUUUCGUUGGCCUUGUUAUAAUACAAGCGUUGAAGAAGAUUUUAGUGUUUUUUAGAAAUAAAAAACUCAAAUAUUAUCCGAAAUGUUUUUUACCAAUUAUUGAAUACCAAUAAUUUAAUAUUUUGAUUGGAUCAAACGUUGGUACAAGUUAAUGUGAUCGCUGAAUGUAAUUCAGUGUAUAUUGUAGAGCGUUCUAUUAUAUUGGAUGGAUUUUGACCAAAUUAUUUCUUUGACUGUUGUUAUAAAAGACGUUAAAACAAACUCAAAACAAAAAUGUAGAUGUACUAUGUAUCAAAAACUCAAAAAAAAAAAGAUAUCACAGAAACGACUAUGAGAUGUAGAUACGAUCGCUAUUGUUUUUUUCUAUAAUGCUGAGGCUAUACAAGUGUGUAUACAAUAUACUUGGGUUUGGUCGAGUUGACAGGGCGGUUUCAUAUCCGACUAGGAAUACAGAUUUCCUUGUGACUAUAAAUGUACCGUCUUGCGCUGAAAUGCUCCAACUCACAACACUAGUAUGCAGUUGUGGAUAUUUUAAAGACAUUUACUACAUUACGUGACAUAGUUACUGUCACUGUCUCUUAAGAAUCUUAAUAACUUUUAUGAGUUGUGUGGCUCCAAUAAUUCAUAUUGUGCUCGGAACUUGCAUGUGUCGGGUAACCACUAAGCAUCCUUUAGAAGGGGAGGAGUUCUUUGCCCAGCUGUGGGACAUUCACGAGCUAUUACGUACUACUAGGUCGAUUAGUUUACGACUUAGUAAUUAUGGAUCUGUUCUAUGGUAACAAAAAACGUUCCAGUCUAGAUGUUUGUCCGUAGUCAUGAUUAGUAACCAUGGGUUAAUUUAAAUAUGACCAAAAAUAUUUAUGAAUGAACCCAUAUUUUAGAGACAAAUUUAAAUAUGGAAUUAUAUUAAAAUAUUUAUUAUUUAUGUGAGAGUGGCGAAACUGUAAUACCUCUUAACAUAACUCAAAAUCCAAUAUUUUUAUUUAUUUACUAAAUAUGACGUCAAUAUAUCAAUUUUUAACGGUGCCUGUUCACUAUGUUUCUUAACGAAUAAGUUCCGUGCACGUGCAACUGCUUUAUUGAAAACGGUAUCCUUCUACCACCAGAUAACUAACUGCUGUAUAAGAUUGCUACGUCAUCCACAUUCCAACUCCUUACUCGAAUUUCACUCAGUCACGAUGUUCUUAUAUAUAUAUAUUUUCUGAGUAUUAAAAUCCGAUUAUUUUCAAGUCAAGAGUGUAUGGGUAUCUUCUAGGAAAACGCGUUCGAUUUUUAAACAGCAUCAGUACUCCAACAGCUGUGAUUGUUCGCAAAAAAAGCCGCUUCGCUGGAGCAGUUCAACGACAUUUCACGAACAUAGUGUAUCCGCAUCCUCAAGAUAUAUCUUGUCUAUAAUAUAUGAAUUGUCAUUGAUAUAUAGUACAACUAUAAAAUAUUAAAUUCUAUAAAGAUACUACCUCGUUAUUUUCACUUUAAAAGACGUUUAACGUUUUUAGUUUAAAAAUAUUUAUAACAAAAUUGUUACUUCUUUAGUCUUCACAAUCGUCGAUUUUAUUACAUUUCGCCCAAAAAUAUGUAUAAAUAGAAAAUUAAAAUAUCUGAAAUAUAUAAGAAAUGUAAAUAAAUGUAUGUUGGUACUAUGUACAGUUACUGUUGAUUAAGUAUAUUAUGUUUUAUUUUUA